GCCUCGAGUGUUGCUGUGGUGGUGUGUCUCUUGUGUGGUACUGUGGUGGUGUGUCUCUUCUGUGGUUCUGUGGUACUGUGUUCAUAUUUAGCCGCUAUGGACUCUUCCCUAUUUACAAGUGGUGAGGAGUUGCUUAAUGCUCGGGGUCGUGACCAGACAUUACCUGUGGUGGGGGAGAAGCUGACGGAGGCCAGCGGGUCGUGGCUAGAGAAGCAACAGGUUGAGGCUCGAAUUGAAGAGCAUCGUAGGUUACUGGCUGAACCCAAGUUUGUCAGAAGAGACCAGCUGGCCACAGGAGAGUGGUUGAAGGAGUCAGGCAUGGUGCGAGUUCUUCACGAGACUGGCAAAUUUUGGCAAUACAUGGGAGCAGAAACUGAUAUAGGCAAGUGCCUCUACCCUGAAGAGGCCUUGUACCUCAUAGACACAGGAGAAUUGGAAGUGUCUUAUGGGGAUGUAGCACUGAGCCUCCAACAAGCCCAGACAGUGAUGCUGCAGGAUGCUCAUCAUGUGGACCAGUACCUUGUAUAUGCACACCUCUCCAGAACUGGCUGCAAGGUGGUUCGUCAUCAAACACACCUUGUGUAUACACGCUAUGAAACACAGAUUGGGAUUGAUCGACAUCAAGUCAGCAAGAAAGGAGUGAAAUUGAAGUUAAAAGGCAAGAACAAGUCAAAUGAGGCUCAGAGAAAUAAAGGGAAGAUUAAUACCAAAAAUGAGGCCUUGGAUGAAGUGAUGAAGGAGUUUUAUGAUAUACUAGGACCUUCUACAGGGUCUUCCUCCACCCCACAUGCCACUGAUACAAAGAAAGAAAACUCUAACAAGGCAAAAGGUGAUUCUAAGACCGUGAAAGAACACAUACCUGAAGAAGAAUUCACUCCAUAUGAAAAGAAACGCAGGGAGUUACUGGACAUGUUGCCGACCAUGCAGGGUGAAAAAAUUAUGUCAGUUUCUGUGGAACCUAAGCAAUUUCUUCCCAAAAACAGCAUUCCAAUCAAACCGAUUUAUCAGAUUUCAUUAGAAGCUUUGAAUUAUUACAGCCUGUAUGAUACCACUCCCCAGAAUGUGUAUAACAGGCGUGAAAAGUAUGACAACUGGAACAGAAAAGGUGAACCGUGGUGUAAGGAAGGUAAUAAGAAAUAUCAGGACAAUAGAGCUCAUUGGACUGGUGCUUGUGAAUCAGACUGUACAGAUUGGCGAAAAGAAAAUGCGCAGUUUAGUGUACAGUGGAAUAAAGGCUGUGAAAGAGACCGUGAGAAGAGAAGGUAUCGCGUUAGGUGGGAUAAUAACAGAGAUGUCAAGAGAAGACAAUAUAAUAGAGAUGGUUGGAUGUAUGGUAGAGAACAGAGGGGGGAGGACAACCUAGGGUGGAGAGAACAACAUUGGCGGCAUCAUGAUGACAGAUGUGCACAACCCUCCCACUUUAACAGACAAGCGCUUGAUGAUGAGCAUCGUCGUGAUUAUGACGAUAACGAACACGAGAGGAUCUUGAACCAACACACAAAUGAAAGAGGUUUGGAUGGACCUGAAGAAGGUACCAUAGACUACACCAAGAAACCUGAAUGGAAAACAAGAAGGCGAAGAUGGCAAAGGAAAGACGUGCCCUUCUAUCCAAGCUGUAUUGUGAGGUUAAACAGGAAGGUUAAUUCAUGGAAAGAGUAUAAAAGGAUUGUGAAGGAGAUGUCUGCAGACAAACUGUUGGCUGAUGGUCCAGGCCAAACACUCUGGCGGGGACCCACCACUCCACUCAUCAGGCCCGCCAUGGCCACCUCUAUACAAUCAGUAUUGUCUGGGUGUAGUAUGAAGAAUGAGAGUAUUGCCAGCAGCAGCAUGUUUAACAAAGAGAAGCUGCCCCAAGACAUGCAUCUAACAAUCCACUAUGAUGUUUACCUCGCUACGGUGCCGUACAAGAAGACCGACCCCGGCCUACCCAGCAAGAGGAUCACAGUCAUGAGGGACAGAAAUAUGCCAACACCUGGGCAGAUUUUAGAGGUAAGCACAAGAUUCCACGAUGAUGUGCCUAUAGUGGGAGCAGUGGUGGUUAAUGGGGAGGUCCGGCUCUACACGUUAACAUCUCUGACACUGCCACAGCCCAUUGACUCUCUGAGAUGAAACCAACUUAGUAGUAUUAAGUAUUCCAUGUAAAUUAUGUACAUUAUUUAUGAAGGAAGAAUUAUUUUUAUAUGUUGCUGUGUGAAACUCUUUUUGUCAUGUAAAUUACUUCUGUGUUUUGUAUCAGAUGUGUGAAACUAAUGCCACUUGCUUGCACUAAGAAGUAAGAAAGUACAAAAAAAGAGGUUUAUUGCCAAGUGAGCUUAUAAGUAGAAAGAUAAGGAGUAACAAAACAAAGACUAUGUGCGAGAAGAAUCACUUGUGCCAUUAUAAGUAUAGCAUUGAUGAACAAAACCAGGAGAUUACAUUCUAUACAAUUUUUAAUGCGGAAAAGAAAAAGUAAAUUAUAUUAAGUAGUGGAUAAACUUUUAUUAUAUAAUGUAUAUAGGUAGUUGUUAUUGAUGCAUGAUCUGUAAAUUGGAGGAAGUGAAGUGAAAAGGUCAUAGUACUUUACUGAGGGUAAUAUAUUUGUAUACUGUUUUAGUUGAUACAAGUUACCCUUUUCUUUGUUGGGUGAUGUAAACAGUGGAGUACAAUACACUGUUGCUGGAUAGUGGUACUGUACUGUACAGUACUUUUAGAACAAAAUUAAUUAAUAUUUACACAAUAGGAUUGAGUUCUGUAUUAUUUAUUUAUCUUUAUUCAGGUUAUAUUUAAUAUAAAAAGGAAAAAGAAAGUACAGAAUUAUGAUGAGGUUGCUGCCUAUGUUUAUUGAAAACAUUUAAAUUUUUUAUGCAGCAUUUUAAAUGUAAAAAUAAUAUAUUUCUGAAAAUUGUGCUGGUAUGUUAUAUGAUGAUAUACCUGUACUGUACCAGGAUGGCACUCCAGAGUGUUCUGAUGGCGUCACCAAUGUUAGGAUUAGUUAAUUUUUUUUAUUUAGUUUUGUUCAUAAGGAAUGGCUUUACCAUGUGUGAGAAGUAACCCCAGGAUUAACAGAGGGAUCAUAUUAAUAUAAUGCUAUGGUGUGAUUUUCUUCACCCAUAUAUUGAUAUUUAUAAAAGAUUAAUAAAACCUUGUAAGUUCAGUAUCACAGCCGGUGGAUGAGAGUUAUGCUGUAGGAAUCUUAUGAGUUAAACCUGUUAACAAAUGCAUAGUAAUUGGACGAAUUGGAACAGUAAUAUACAGUACUUCAGUAACUUUGUUAUUGGUAUUCAAUGAAAUAUGGUGUGUGCAUGCAUGAGGUGUGUAUUUGUAUGUUACUGUACAAUAUUUGAUGUGGGAAGAAAUAUGAAGUGUUGGUUGUGGUUUUACUUAUUAGCAUACAGUAGUUCAAACUAUACUGUAAAAUACCUACUAUUAAAUCGGGAAUUUCAACAGCUGGCUACAAUUAAGUGGUAUAAAAAAUGCAGGAGAUGGGAGCUUGUGCUGAUGUUUUAUUACAGGUCAAGGAUCCUUUACCCAUAAUUAUGAAAAGCAAAAAGAUCCAUAAGCAGAAUGUUUCUUUGAAUGGACCUGUCUGUGUGUGAGGAUGAAGGUAUAUAAUCCUGGGUAUGUUGGAUGAAAGGGCAAAGAUAUUCGAAUAUGAUUAUUUCACAUACAGUGUUUUAAUAAACUCUUGUGUCAAUAGUAAGGUUUGUGAGAUGUCGUACAGCUGUACGUGUAAGAACUGUACUACAGUAUACUGUACUGUACAUCUUUUCACCACUGUACUAUGCAAUGUUGUGUGAUCACAUGAUGGGCCUAAGUCAAACCCUGUGUAUAUUAAACUACAUCAAAGACCACAGAGAAGCUCAUAACAGAUACAAUAAGUUGUAUUAGUGCUGUGUAGAUAAAUGCAGGUCAAGUCUGCAGAACAGUUGGUAGGGACAGUCAGGUGCUGCUGUCUCCACACAUCUUAACAUGUCACCCACAUAUGUACAGUAUAUGCUCAUACUAAUCACUGCCAAAUUUUUAGUUACAAUAAUAUAAGAUGCCUAAACAGUAUGAUGUUUAGUGUUUAAAUGUCACAAAGUACAUUAUCUAAACCAGCAUUAACCAUGUGUGGCAAAAAGUGGUUGUGUUCGUGGCUUAGAGAACAUUAUCAACACAUACAGUAUUGAAGAUUAACUAAAUAUAAUCAUGUUCACUGUAAAUAUAUCUUGGAUACAAUAUGUGGGAAGCGGUGGUGUAAGCAGAAAAACUGCAUUGUUCAGAUUUGAGGUCUGGUUCAGAAUUUUCUACUGUAUAGGUUAGUUUAUUGUGUUCUGUGCAAGCCGAGGUCCAAAAACUGAAAAUAUCUGAAAAUCAAACUGAAAUAAAGUCCAAGGUAUUUGGGUAAAGGAUUCCUGCCAAGUGGCUGGAGGGAGAAUAGUUAUUAUAAAGGGCAGGACCAGUGAAGAGAGAUUGGAUUUGCUGUGACAGUGUGAAGAGGAAAAAUAAAGGGAGAGAAUUGUAGAGAAAACCAGAGAAUGGAUGAAAGAAGAGUGAAAAUGUGUUGUGUUGAGUCAGUAAUGAAGUGCUUUGAUGAAUUUGUAAGAAAGGCUGCACAUAAUUCAAAGCACAUAGACUUUUAAAACUCAUAUUUCAUUGCCAGAAUACAGGUACAGUAGUCAUUAUCUCUGAUUUGCAUACGGUAUCACAGUUUUGAUUUAUCGCAAUUUGCUUUCCACGACUAAGAUUAAAAGACCCACCAAUGUUUCACUAAGAAGACAUUGUAUCCAGAAAUAAAAAAAUAUUUCAUUUGAUAAGUCAGGUUAGACAUUAAAUGAUGCGAGUAGAGAAGAAACAACAGUUGAUGCACGGCCGUGACAGGGAGAACAUGUACAUGCUUACCUGGAUGCCAUUUUUAAUAUAGGAGAGAGACUUGUUAUGACAAUUUAGCUUGAUGCGAUGCAGGAGUUGUCAGAGAGAAUCCUCUUGAUAAUAAGGACUUCCUGUUUGCAUGUUUUUAAGUUGACAGACAUUUAUUUAUACCAUAUGUCUUUGUAUUAUUUUGUAUACAUUGCCUUACAAAUUUGCCUUUUAUAAAGUUGAAAAGGAGAGAUGGUAUGGCUAAGUCUUUUUAAGGAUAAACAAAAUUUAUACAGCUCUUGAUAUGUAUUAAUUUGUUCACUGUACAUUGAGGUCAAGGAAUUACUUGAGAAAGAUGGAGGACUGUAUACCAUUGUGGCUGAUCAGUUAAGAUGGAGCCUAGCAGCCAGUCCCCUUGUGGCAUUGGUUGGUCGUGCCUUUAUCUGUCCCUCCAUUUGUUAUCUUAAAUUUUCCAUACCACAUUAUCUGUCGUGUACACAAACAGUUAACUUUAUUCAUCCAAAGACAACUAUGGUACCUGUAGUUUGGUUAAUAUUAUUAUUGUGUGUUGAUGUACUUUUGUCACGUCUUUUUCAGUGACAUUAAUAAACUGUUAUCAUCAUUGA